AUGCUACCCGCACGCAUCAACACGGCACAGAUAGACGAUGAUAUGAAUCGAUCCGGAAUCCUCAUUUCAGAUUAUUGGGUUUGGAAUGAUAAAUUUCUAUAUUAUUUGGUACCGACUCUUUCAAUCAGCCAAUCAGAUGGCAUUCAAUGGUUGUUUGUAGACUCAGAUACGAUAGAAUCAUACAGAAAACAACUUGAUGAACGUAUUUUUGAUAUCAUCAAUCGGUAUAAAGUGCAAUCAAAUGUUCCCGGUUUUCUGAUCAGCAAAGCAAAUUUUUACUUCUGUUCGAUACCUGCCGAUUUACCUUGUCUCGAAGAAUGGAUUCGUGAAAAUUAUCCAGAACAAUAUGAAGUCAUACAAAAUUUUGGACCACGCCAGCAUUUACCAAAGAGAAUCGAUCAUCAUGAUGGGAAAUACGCCGAGAUAAAGCAAGCUCUUAGUGAAAUACAACGUCUGGAACGAUUAAAACGAAAGCAAAUGAUCUAUAAAUCUGCACAACAGAUUUGGGCUGAGUUGAACGAGCUAGACAAUAUGAAUCUGUUAGAAUUACUUCCUCGUUGA